GACCGGACGUGACGUCCCUUACACCCGGAAGUGCUCUGGGUGCAUUGCUUUGAAUGAAAUCCGGCUGAUUCACUGCUGCUGCCGGAGUGAGAAAACGCUGAAAAGGCUUCGUUCUUCUACCGAAAAGUUUAUAGACAGGAAUAUGGAUCGACUCCUAAGGCUCGGAGGAGGAAUGCCUGGGCUGGGGCAGGGGCCUCCCACCGAUGCUCCCGCAGUGGACACAGCCGAGCAGGUGUAUAUUUCUUCUUUAGCAUUGCUUAAAAUGCUAAAGCAUGGCCGGGCUGGUGUCCCAAUGGAAGUCAUGGGCCUAAUGCUGGGAGAAUUUGUGGAUGAUUACACAGUCAGGGUCAUUGACGUGUUUGCCAUGCCACAGUCUGGAACUGGUGUUAGUGUGGAGGCCGUGGAUCCAGUGUUUCAGGCUAAAAUGUUGGACAUGUUGAAGCAAACUGGAAGGCCUGAGAUGGUGGUGGGUUGGUACCACAGUCACCCCGGCUUUGGUUGCUGGCUCUCGGGGGUCGACAUCAACACCCAGCAGAGCUUUGAAGCCUUAUCCGAACGAGCCGUCGCCGUGGUCGUGGAUCCCAUUCAGAGUGUAAAAGGCAAGGUUGUUAUCGACGCCUUCAGAUUAAUCAAUGCCAACAUGAUGGUUUUGGGACACGAACCAAGGCAAACCACUUCCAAUCUUGGCCACUUAAACAAGCCAUCUAUACAGGCACUAAUUCACGGACUGAACAGGCAUUACUACUCUAUAACCAUUAACUACAGGAAGAACGAGCUGGAACAAAAGAUGCUGUUGAACUUGCACAAGAAGAGCUGGAUGGAGGGACUGACACUUCAGGACUACAGUGAACACUGUAAACUCAACGAGACGGUUGUGAAGGAGAUGUUGGAGCUUGCCAAGAAUUAUAAUAAGGCUGUGGAAGAGGAAGAUAAGAUGACACCUGAGCAGCUUGCCAUAAAAAAUGUUGGGAAACAGGAUCCCAAGCGCCACUUGGAAGAACACGUGGAUGUUCUGAUGACCUCAAACAUUGUCCAGUGUUUAGCAGCCAUGUUAGACACGGUCGUAUUUAAAUAACGGAUUGAUUGGAGAGCGCGUCUUUUUGUUCUUGUGAAGUGGGUUAUGUAUGAAAACCGCGGUCUGCCUCCCAGACUGUCCUGUUCUUUCAUGAUACUCAGCUGCAAUGUUUUUUUUUUCCUAGGGUUUUUUUUUUAUAUUAUUAUUUCAUGCAGUUUAGUCUUUUAAUAUAAAAAUUCUGGUAAAAUCCUAUGUACAUAACGGGGCUACAUGGCCACAAAUCGAGCAUGCGUCUAGAGCCUCUGGCAGCAACAGAGUUAACAACUCGUUACCUGUCAGUUAUAAAGUCCGUUUCACCCGAGUCAAAGGCAUCCAAGAACAUGAACUGCUGCUUUAGUUGGGGACAUCUGGCAUUGCUGGUGACCUGGGAGCGGUGCAGCAACACCUCUCUGUCUCUCUUGUAUAAUUACUUCUGUUCCUAGAUGUCAGGGACUUUGCAGACGACAGCCUUCUUUAAACAUUAGCUGGGCAAAUUUUAUUAAAGUCUACAUUUAAUAUCUGGGAAAUCCAUGCUCCAAUUGUUGCUUCAUAAUAAAAAUACAUUUACACAUUUC